AAAAUAUUUCUUACUUUAACUGGAUAUUUUUUAAUAAAAGAUAUAGAUUAUUAUAAAAUUCUACUAGACUUCCGACCGGUAUCUAGAUCUUAUACUAGUAAAAAUCUAAUUAUAAUUAUUCUAUUAGUUUUAUAUAAACAUAACCUGUUCUAUCGGUUAUUAGAUAUAACAACUAAUAAUACUAGUAAUAAUAAUUUAAUAUUUAGUAUAAUCUUAUUUAAACUCCGGACUUAG